GUGACGAGCCUGGAGCCGUCCCCCUGCCUGGGAUUGUAAGCAGGCCCUGCCUUGCUGAGCUGGGGACCUGCUGCGUCUUCGGCAUGCUGCAGGUAGGCCGGGGCGGCCCGGCUGCGAGCUCAGCGCCCACCUGAGGUAACUACUGCGGCCUCCAGGCGGGCGUAGUCCACGCAGUGCGCUGGGGCUGCUGUCAGCUGCCGGACAGACGGAGCCCCAGUCUGGCAGGGGGUGUGACUGCAGGCUGCGACAGGUGGGCCAGGCGGGGCCAGCCUCUGAGGUCGUGGUCUGAGCUGCCCUGGGCCGCAGAGGCGGCUGAAAAGAGUCUGCUUCCCUCGCUUGUGGGCCUUGCAGUCCCCGGGCUCAAGGCGGCCUCCAAGGCCGGCCUGUGCCGGGGCUGCAGCUUCCAGCCGGCGCCAAGGGCCCAGAGCUGCCUGCGUGGAGUCCAUACAAGUCCUGCCCCUGUCGGGCAAUGAGAUCUAGGGCAAGCCAGCGCUCGCCUUGGCCUGAGUUUCCACUCUGUAAAAUGAAAGUCUGGACAUGGUGAUCUAUGAGGACUUCAGUGAUCUCGAGGGAUAUCUGCAGACAAGCGUAGCUUGAAAUUCAUGGCCCAAAAUGACUCUACCACUGGAGACUCUCUUCAGUAAAGAAGAAGAUCAGACAGGAGGCUGGGAUGAGCAUGCCACUGCAUCAGAUUUCUGCCAUUCCAUCCCAGGAUGUCGCCUCUAUUAGAGUAUACAGAAGUAAGACCAAAGAAAAGGAGAGGGAAGAGCAGAAUGAGAAGGCUUUGGAACAUUCCAUGAGUCACUCAAGUAACAUUUCUAAGAUAAAUACCUCUGCUGCCCUCCAGGGAAAUGCAGACACAUCCACCUCCUGGCACCCCUCUAGAGAACUGUGUGCACUUCCUUCUCCCAAGGACACUGAGGCUGGAGGUCCUCCAUUGGCAUCAACUCCAGUGUCCGCCUUCACUCGCUCUUCUGUCACACCAUCCAAUCAGGACAUCUGCAGUUCCAGUGCAGUGUUUUCUGAAUGUUGUCACCACAGUCCUGUGCAGUCUGCUGUUGUCUUGAAAGUUCCUCACUGCCAGAGUUCUCUGACACCAGGGCUCACUGUGACAGUUAUCUGUAAAGACACAUUACAGGCAUCAAAGAGAAAUUCCUAUGGUUCAGAAUGGGUCCAGGCCUUGAAGCCUCCUAAGAAUACCAAAGCAAGAACACUAAAGUUCUCAAAAUCCUUAAACGAUGUGGGUGAGAAGACCCAGGAGACAAUGGGGAGUUUUGACUACGUGGAGAGGACUUGCUCUGAAGGCAAAUUGAUGCUCCCUCGAGACCCGUGUCUCACCAUUAGCAGGUUCCAUCAUAAAGAUAAAAGAACACUGAACCACUCACUUGUCACUAGUUCCAAACAGUCCUGUGUUUCGUCCCUGUCUGCCCAUCGUUCAACAGCCUCAAAGGUGCAAGCUGGCAAAGGGGGUGUGCAUACCCCGCUUUUGGAAGAGAAAGGGGAUGGUGAGGCUUUAUCCAGAAGUCAACGACUGCUCCGGUACCUGUUCUCAUUAUCACAUGGCUCAAGUGCCAGCAGCCUGCACAGAUUCCAUGAGCUGGAGAGCUGUGCCACUCACCUGCACACUGCCAACUCCUCCAGUGGGCUGGCAGGGAGUACAGGCUUCUGCUUCGAUGAAAUGGGAGAUGACGAUGUCUUUGAGGACAGCACAUCUGCAAAACUGAGGACCAAGGUCCUUCGGGCACCUCUCUGCUCAGUGGAGAAGGACAGUGACCUGGAUUGUCCUUCUCCUAUCUCUGAAAAAUGCCCUCCUGCCUCUCCUGUGUCCACUUCAGGGGAUGCCUGCAGGAUCUGUCACUGUGAAGGGGAUGAUGAAAGCCCUCUGAUCACCCCCUGCCACUGCACAGGGAGCCUUCACUUCGUACACCAGGCCUGCCUUCAGCAGUGGAUUAAGAGCUCUGACACACGCUGCUGUGAGCUCUGCAAGUAUGAGUUCAUCAUGGAGACCAAGCUAAAGCCAUUGAGAAAAGUACGUUGGGAAAAGCUGCAGAUGACGCCCAGUGAGCGGAGGAAGAUCAUGUGCUCCGUGACUUUCCAUGUCAUCGCCAUCACCUGUGUGGUCUGGUCCUUGUAUGUGCUCAUUGACCGCACAGCUGAGGAGAUCAAGCAGGGGCAGGCAACAGGAAUCCUUGAGUGGCCCUUUUGGACUAAAUUGGUGGUUGUGGCCAUUGGCUUUACUGGAGGACUUCUUUUUAUGUAUGUUCAGUGCAAAGUGUACGUACAGCUAUGGAAGAGACUCAAGGCUUAUAAUAGAGUAAUCUAUGUUCAGAACUGUCCAGAAACAAGCAAAAAGACUGUUUUUGAAAAACCUGCACUAACAGAGCCCAACUUUGAAAAUAAAGAUGGAUGUGGAAUCCCUCAUUCUGAAACAAACUCUUCUUGUUGCACAGAACCUGAAGACACUGGAGCAGAAAUCAUUCACGUCUGAUUGUGUGGAGGGUAUAGUUUUCCUGGACAUCCAAUGAACAGCUGAAGGAAAUUGUUUACUGCCAAUUGUGUACCUUUUCUUAUGUCCUUUAAUAGCAUAGACUGGGCAGAUGAUUUUUUUUUUUAAUGGCUUCUCCUUUUCUAAAACCUCCUUAGUGAAAUCUGCUGGAUGACCCUCACUUAGGCUGUUAAACAGCUGGGUUCUACUUCCGCCAGCAUGUCAGUGGGGAGGGAGAGUGGGAGACCCCAUCACACAGUGACAGGAUGCUGGCUGGGUUCUGGCCCUUAGUCUUGAGUAGGAUUAGUGACUAAAACUCAAGACUUGAAGGAAAAGCAGGAGCAGGAUGACAUCCAGGCCCCAGGACAUAUCUUCUCCCAGUUGGCAGCAGUCUCAACCCAUGACAUUGAGUUUGGGACUCUCUAGCUAAGGUGAGAGAGAGUUCCCUGCUCAGGAGGAAUAGCUUGAAGAGAUGGGCUCCUUCUGCCAGGGCUGCUGGUGGCAUUUCUUACAGACAGAUGGCGGGGUGGGGGUGGGGGUUCCGGUGCUUUGUGUGUGGUGACAAGUGAUUCACUAAGCAAGCAGCACUUUACUAAAAGAGUAUCUUUAUUUUGUAAUAUGUGUGUCCAAUUGGAUUGACUCUUCAAGAACAUCCCAUAUGGAAACCUUCCCUUCCUCAUUUUGAUUAUGUCUUCUACAUGAUACUAGAUCACACACCCUUUUUGCCUUAUAUAUUCUAAGACAUGUGAUAUCUGCUCUCAAUAAAAGAAACAUAUUACUAUAAAACAGGGAGAA